CGAUCUUUGCGAUCAGAGCACACAAAUUCAACAUCGGCCAUUGACACGGUGGAAUAACAUCGUGGGAGGCCAGCACAGAUCACAACUCGUUAUUUGAGUAUCUUUAUCGGGUGGAAACGCAAAUCGUAGCCACGAUGGAUGUCGCGACGAUGGAUUCUUCCACAGAAUACCCCGACAUGGAGUCCCCUAUGGAUCAGGAUGAUGUGAUAUACCCGUGCAAAGGGUGCGGAGAGGUUCUUGAAGAGGGCAAAGCAUUUGAGUUAGCGGGAAACCGCUGGCAUAUUGACUGCUUCCGCUGCCAUACAUGCGGUCUUCUCCUCGAUAGCGACGCGAACCUGCUGCUCCUCGGCGACGGCUCGCUCAUCUGCAACAACUGCACCUACUCCUGCAGCGCAUGUGGGGACAAGAUCGAAGAUCUCGCGAUCCUCACCGGCGAACAAGCCUUCUGCGCGUCAUGUUUCUGCUGCCGUAACUGCAAACGCAAGAUCGAGAACCUACGAUAUGCGCGAACCAGCCAGGGCAUCUUUUGCAUGAGUUGUCAUGAGAGCUUGAUGGCGCGGCGGCGGAAGAAAAGCAGGCAGAAAAGCGAACGGGCGGCAGCGGAGAGGAACGCUCACAUUAGUAAGGAAAAGAGUCUGCCGGCGCUACCGCAGAGCGCGGUGCCACCGAACGAAUUCAGUCGCUCGACUCUGGGUGCGCCGGAGCCAUAUAACAACGAUGUGUCGCCGAGACCGGGGAGUAAUAAGUCUCGACAGGAUCUCUCUGCUGGCGAAAGAGGGAGAGAUGCGUCGCCGGGCUCAUUCGAAUCGAGUCGUAAAGAAACCCUACCCGCCAGCACCUAUAAGGACGAAUCUCGAAAUUUGUCGAUGGAUGGGAGUGUGAAUGGCAUCAAUAGUGAUGAUGGCGUAUUCGUCCCAUUAGCUUUCGAUCCAAAUCCCGCCCCGGAUCCAUCUCCCAUGGCCAAAUCACAACCCUUUAGCGACGGAUCAGCCUCGCUCAAUGAGAACUCCGACCUGUCUGAGUCCACUUCAUCUGUACGCGCCGCUAAUACCCGCGACUACUUCAGUCGAACGAACGCCCCUCCUUCAGCAAACCACCGCGAGAUGCUUAAAGAAACGCUUGGUCAUAAAGCCAACUCGUCCCGGUCCUCCUCGGCGGACCGUGGAAAGGAGGGUCCUGGCACUCCCCAUAUCAUGUUUCAAGAAAAAGGGCGAGUGCCAUCGGAUCAGGUACGGUCACGGAAACAACCAAGUGGUCCGCCAUCGCCAGCACCACCGGCGGACAAACAAUUUGGGAACACGACUCAAUCAGUUGCAUCCCCAAGUUCCGGAGCGCCGGGAGAGUUCAAACUUCAGGAUGCACCGAAAUCAAGAAAAGCCUCGUCGCGUCGAAGUACCGGAAAUCACAAACAGGAGGGUCAUCUACACACCCAUUCACAGUCCGGCAGAUCUCCGGGAACUUCAUCGGUCUCUUCACCCAACUCGGAUUUGAUAGCUCGGACCCUUUCUCCACCUCUGGAACACUCCAUCACCAACACGUCACACACGUCGGAUCCUUCCGAAGGCUCCUACUCUUCAUAUGGCGAUUCGCCAAACCUCACACAAGGUUCCCCUCCUAUGGCAUCACACCGUGCAGAACUACCCCAACGAGGCGACUCUCUCGCCGCAUCAUCGCUGAAACAGACGAUCCCCAGGAAAGAAAUCGGCGCUCCUAGAUCCGAUCCUACCACGCCAACCGGGCCGACCGGUCCAACCCGAUUUGCCCAUGACCGAGCGGCGCCUCCCGCGUCGUCGUUGCGGACACAAGAGUCACAAGUGAAUGGAACGCAAGCAGGCGGAAAGUAUGCCUUGGACAUACCGCACCCGCCUCAGCGCUCCGCCAGUCGGCCCAAUGCCAGCCCUCAGCAAGGCAUGGAGGCAUCGGAUGAUGGCGAAGGUGGCUCGUUCACUUCACCUCGACCACCACCCGCGCCACCAACCGAGAAUAGACACAAGCCGGGCGAAUCGAUCAGCUCUGUUCAUAGCGAAUCCGCAUCGCCAUCCUUCCUUCGGUAUAGCGGCGGAGGGGAAUUCAGCUUGGACGAGGACAUGGCACGCAUUAUCCGCGGGGAAGAUAUGCUCCCCGCCGAGAAAGACUCGUCGCUUGCGCGCCGCAUAUCCAACGCGGUUAGCAAGCACUCGCGUAGUUUUAGUGACCGUGGAUCCCGCUCAUCAGCAUCGCAGAAAUGGCCCCGAACCACCCCCAUCAACGGCACGUUUGACAUCAGCAACCCAACGUCACCCGACGCGACCCGGGAUGAUCCAUCCGUGCUGCGGAAUCAGUUGCGGCGCGCACAGCAGCGCAUCGCAGAAUUGGAGGCCGAGAAGGUCGGUCUUCAGGAUGUGAUCAACUCGUCGGCGGAGAUCAAGCAUGUCAACUCUGAGCUUCGCGAGAAGCGGUCCACCGUUGCUGUCCUCGACUCGCAGCGCGAGAUCGUCCUCCGCGAGCUCGAAGUGAUGACCGAUCAGCUCCGCAAAGCGAAGGAUUCCAAUUCACCAGCCACACCUUUCGACAUUGCCGCGCUGAAGAGCGAUGCCGUGCGCGAGCUUGCCGCCAGCCUCCGCGUUCUCGAAGACCAGCUUCGUUCGGAGAUCGAAGAGCUCAUGGAGAAGCGGGCCGACCUCACACAGGAGAUCGCAGACCUGAUCCAGAUGAAAGACAAAGGCUUCCAAGAAUACGAAGCGCUGUCCACACGAAACGCACAGUUAAACACGUUAAACCAUCAACUCGUCCAGAGCAUUCAGGAGAUGUACAAAGCCGGGAAGCACCCCAACGGUUCCGCCUCCGUCGACGCCGGCCGCCCUGGCACCAACGGCCUCGGCAUCUACCACCACCAAAAGGACAGGUCCGAAGCCUCCGUCGACCUGCGCACCAUCAUCAGCGGCCCCACCAGCACCGGCACGAGCAUCAGCGGACCGAGCAUCAGCGGCCCGAUCCCCGCCGAGGCAUCCUACGCGCACCUCCUCAAUGGGCCGGAUGGCCUCGAACACGAGCCCGUGAUCGUCGGACCCCCGCACGUCGUCAAGCUCGACCGCACGAAGGGCAAGGCAAAUAUGUGGAAAAAAGGCGGCGCCUCGCUCGCGAAGAACAUCAAGGGCAUCCGCGGCGCCCUCAGCGGCGACCGGGCCCACGAGAUCCCCCGCUAUGGCAGCAUCGGCGGUAACGGCACCAUUACUGAGCCCGGCAUGCCCUACAACUCUAUGCCCGCCGGCCAGCAGCCAAACGAGCUCGGCACCCCGAACCUGGCCUCCAACAACAACCGCGCCGGAGAGCGCGAACGUGAGCGCGAGCGGCAGGGUUUCGGGGGGCUGUUCGGCAGCGGGCAGAAGGUCGGGAACAAGCUUGGACCCGGCCACGCGCACCUCAAGUCGCACCACACCAACUCAUCCAGUCCGUCACUGUCAGACGGGACGAAAGACACGCAGUUAUUCGGCACGGAUCUCGCGACGCGGUGCGACCAAGAGAAGCGCAGCAUCCCGUCGAUCGUGAUUCGAUGCAUCGAAGAAGUCGAACUCCGCGGCAUGGACGCAGAGGGAAUCUACCGCAAAUCCGGCGGCAGCGGGCAGGUGAACAGCGUGCGCGCCGGCUUCGAGAAGUCGAACGAGUUCGACAUCUCGGAUCCGGAUUUGGACAUCCACGCGGUAACGAGCGCACUGAAGCAGUAUUUCCGACGGCUGCCCGAGCCGCUGAUCACGAAUACGGUGUACGAUGCGCUGUUGGAGGAGGCGACAGGCGGGAAUAUCGGGGCGGCGAGUCCCGGCGAGGAGGUGCCGGAGCCGGAGAUGGAGGAGCGGGGACGGCGGAUCCGCGAGGUGUUUAAGGGGCUGCCGGGGUGUCAUCGCGACUGUCUGGAGUUCUUGGUGUUCCAUCUGGUGCGGGUGGUGCGGAUGGAGAAGAUGAAUCUGAUGACCCCCCUCAACCUCGCCGUGGUCUUCGCCCCGACCAUCAUGCGCCCCACCUCCAUCGAACGCGAGAUGAGCGACGUCCAGGCGCAGCGCGUCGCCGUGCAGACCUUGCUGGAGCAGUACAAGACCAUUUUCGACUCCGAGGCGUAAUCGACCCGCCCCUCUCCCCUUUCCCCUCCUUCUUUCUCGAACGAUUGAACAAUCUCCUACCCCGCUUCUACUUCAGCGUGCUUUCCCCUUCCAGAAUCGAAUGAUAUCCGAUCCGCGCGACAUGCCCGGCUCCCCUCA